CGCAGUUCCCGUUUUACAAUGGAGUGUGUAGCGUUGCUACUUCUGAUCCUUUACGUAUAUCCUAGGAUAUCACAAGCAGAGGACACGGGUGCACGUACAUUUCGUGCCGCAGUUUACGAGCAUGCAGUGUACCUACCCCUAAACAGGAAAGUACAUGUUUCCAGGGAAACGGCCCUCUCAGUAAUGAUGAGGAAUUUACGCGUGUACAAAGAGCAGACAGAAAUAGCCGCCAGUCAGGGCGCGGACAUCAUUGUGUUUCCAGAGGAUGGCGUUUACGGUAUGGGAUAUUCUUGGGACGGUAUAGCAUCCUAUAUGGAGUACAUACCAGAACCUCAAGAGGUCACAUGGGACGCAUGCGCUGAACCAUUUCGCUUUCCAAAUACAGAGGUCCAGCAUUUUCUGAGCUGUCUCGCCAAGAACAACUCGAUAUAUCUCGUCGCUAACAUAGGCGAUAAACAACCAUGCGACAGAGAUGCUGACCCCCGAUGUCCGAAAUACGGUCAUUAUCAGUUUAACACCGACGUUGUAUACGACCCAAAAGGACAACUAGUUACUAAGUAUCACAAAGUUAAUUUAUUUUACGAAUCACAGUUCAGUUUUCCUGUCAAUAAAACGCCAGCUAUUUUUGAUACACCGUUCGGAACGUUUGCAGUUUUCACUUGUUUCGACAUUAUGUUUUAUGAUCCAGCAAUGGCGGCCAUAGAACGUUACGGGGUCGGUAAUGUGAUAUUUCCAACUGCCUGGAUGGACGCUCUCCCUUUGCUUUCGUCAAUACAGUUUCAUUCUGCUUUUGCGGCAGGACUUGGCAUCAACUUCCUUGCAGCCAAUAUUAAUUUCCCGUCUUACAAUUUCCAUGGAAGCGGAAUUUACACACCAGAUGGCGCUUCAAAGUUUUAUUACAGUGGUGCAUCUAAUGCCGGAAAGCUAUUGGUCUCCGACCUAAAAACAGUCCUUAAACCGACCAUAACAUACUCCAACGUAACAUUUGACGUGGAAUUCCCCAGUCCAGCGUUCACGGCCAGUGUGUUCCACGAUCCCUUUAACUUCGUUCCUUUACUCGGUCAGUCAGGGGUGGUGGGCGUUUGCCACAACGACCUCUGCUGUAAGGUCAACUACUCUCUGUCAACCAUGUCUGAUGACGUCAUCGUUUUAGGGGCCUUUAGGGGUCUCCAUACAUACGAAGGGAAGUAUUCAAUAGAAGUGUGUGCCAUUCUCAAGUGUAAAACAAGUAACUACUCGAGCUGUGGUGAAGUGACAAUGGAGUCAAACACUAACCUGACCUAUCUAAAGUUUGAAGGUAAUUUCUCGGUUCCAUAUAUCUUUCCGGAAGUACUGUUGUCGGAUAACGGAAGUCUUAAUCUGGCUCCUAUUGGCUCUUGGAGCUACGUUGCAGGUACUCUGGAGAGUAAGCAUGGAUUUGAUCUUCCAGUUUUGUCUACAGCCAUGUUUGCGCGUGCGUAUGAAAAUAGCGCUGGUGUGGUAUUUGUGUGCCCAUGCGCACUACUGGUACUGGUAAUAUGUGGUAUAACGAUAAUGCAGGCGCCAAUAUUUGUGUGAUUUGACAGAAGAACAAUAAGAAAACAAACUUUAUUAAUUUUACAAUUAGCAUGAAAAAAAUGUUUAAUAAACGUAGAUCAAUAAUUCGUGUUGCACUGUUAGGAAGAUCGAGAAUGUCGUAACGUUUGAGAAAACUGGAAUACCCAGAAAAAAACUGAGUGAAAGGUGAGUGUGUUUCUAAUUAAUGUGACAACGGUUGGCAGCUAAGCCAUUAUAUUAUAGAUAACAAAGUGCCAGCUUAGAUUGUCCGUGUUAAACGUCCUGACAACAACUAAGGUCAUUUAAGGACGUGUUGUGUAUGCUUGCGUGUGUGGUGUAUAUGUGCUGGAGGCAAGGUAUGUUCGUGUUUAUGUUCCUGAUUCUAGUACCCUGUACCCCGUACCCCGUACCCUGAACCCCGUACCCUGUACCCCUGAACCCCGUACCCCGUACCCUGAA